AUGGCUUUGAACCCACUAACCCAGAAGAUGUCCUCAGCUUUCGCAUCUAAGUACAUAGACAGAGUUACAAAGAUUACUGAAAGACUAAAUGAUUUGCACUUAAAUAUCGAGCAAGAGAAGUUCAUGAAGCUUGAGAAUGUAGAUCAAAAGAUCGAAUAGAUUGAUGAUAAGAUCAUUGACUGGCAUGAAUCAAAUAAUAAGAAAUUUAACAUCUUCAAGGACAGAAUCAAUGAAUAUCAAAAGUACAUUGAAGAAGAUAAACUUGCCAAGGAAUAUCAACAUGAAACCAGGCUAUAAGAAUUAAAAAACCUAGAGGGAAAGAUCUAAGAGAGAUUUGAAUAGGAAAAUGCAGCUAGAAGAGACAUGGAAAAGAGAUUGAUUGCUAUCAUUGAAGACAGGUUUGGUGCUUUGAAGGCAGAUGUAAGCAAGGAGUCAAGAAACAGAUAUGAAAGUGUUGAGCAUUUAAAGUCCUGCCUUGAAAAUGAUUUCCCUAAGUUGUAAGAAGUUAUCAAAACUGAAGCUAUUGAAAGAGAAGAGAAUGAUACUCAAGUUAAAUAGAAAGUUGAAGAGGAAGUAGAGAGACUCACUGAUAUUAUUGGUAAUGAGAAGAAAGCCAGAGAGGAAACAGAGGAGGCUAUCUUGGAAAUGCUUAAGGACAUGGUUAACAAGAUCAAGGUUGAGAUUGAAAAUGAAAAGAAAGAUAGAGAAGAAAAUGAGGAGACUUUGCUAUCCCUUCUUGAGGAUACCUGCAAUAAGUUGAACCAGACAUAGGCUCACUGA